AUGCUCGACAGCUGGAGCCACCACCUCUCGCCCUCGCCCUCCGUCGGCUCCUCCACCCGCUCCUCCCACCUUUCCGUCUUCUCCAACGCAUCCUCCGCCCCCUCUCCCCCUCCCUCGCCCACCGGCCUCAAGACGUUCGCGUUUUUCGCGUCCCCCUUCUCCGACCAUCCCUCUCUGCCCUCUCCGCCACCCAAUCCCCAUCGCAAGGCGAGCUCCGAGUCUGCAGACAACACCGAGGUGAGCUCCGACGACACUCCGAGGCUGCCGCACAACAUCCCCCGCUCCCUCAACGCCGAGUUCUUUGGCCCGUCCCUCCUCCCCACUCCCCCUCCCUCCAUCCGCUCCCUCUCGAGCACCCGCACCCGCGAAGUCAGCCAGCCCGCCAGCCCGUCUCUCUCGCGCGACAACUCCACCUCGCCCCCUCCCAUCGCGUCCCCCUCCCACCCCUCGCCCGCUUCUUCCCGCUUUGUCCACAUCGACUCCCAGAACGCUCCCGCUUCCUCCCUCGACACCUCAUAUGCCCAUCCCACCCCCCACGCUGGUGAGCAGACCGAGUCCCCGACGGACCUCCAGCUUUCCGCACCCGGUUUCGCCCGCGACGACCGUGGAACGCGCCGCUCGCCGCAGUCUCCCCGCCUGCAGCUCACACCCCAGCCCACCGCGCUCCCUGACGAUCCCGCGUUCGCAUCGCCCCGCGGGCCGCCCUCCCCACCGCCCUCCGAGUCCGAGCACCUGUCCGACGCCAAGCUUGAGCCCGGCCUGACCGUGGCGUCCUCCUCGCUCGCCCUCGAGCUCGUCAAGCCGCUCGGCGAAGGCUCCUUCUCGAGCGUAUGGCUCGCGCGCGACGCCGCCGGCCAGCUUAACGCCCUCGAGCUCUCGCGCAAGUCGUCCCUCGCCCGCAUCCGCUCCCUGCGCGGCCGCAAGAGCCGCACCAUCGACGGCACGCGCCCCACACGCAAGACGGAGAAGACGGGCGACGGCGGGGCACGGUCGGUAUUGUCACCGGACGGGGAGCUCCCUCCGAAACUCCGGGUCGCGCGGCAGCCCACCGGCGGUCGGCUCGUCGCGGUCAAGAUGACGGAGCGGGCGAAAUGUGACACGAGCUCGCGCUCGCGCGUGAGCUUCGUGCGGGAGGUCGAGGUGCUCCGGCACAUCGCGCAUCCAUCAAUAGUCUCGUAUCUUCACUCGUUCAGUACACCCUCGCACCACUGUCUCGUCCUCGAGUGUGUGGGUGGCGGGGAGCUACUGGACUUGGUCGACAACCCUGUUGUCCAGGCGCGAUCACCGAGCCGCUCGUCAGGCGGAUAUGGGGAGAGCUGUGCAGAGCAGUGGCGUGGAUGCACAGUGUGGGUCUCGUGCAUCGCGACAUCAAGUUGGAAACAUCCUCUUGACGACAACCCGCUCGCCGACCCCCUGCCCUCCCAGUCCCUCAUCAAGCUCACCGACUUCGGCCUCUCACGCUUCAUCGACCCGGCGAACCCGCAGCUGACGACGCUCUGCGGCUCCGACUCACGGACGCCUGGGCGUGCGGCGUCGUCCUCUACGCUCUCCCACGCGCCGCCUCCCGUUCGACUCCCCGUCGCGUCCGAGCGCACCGCGGACGGCCGCGAGGCGGACUGGGCCGUCCAACAGCGCCGCCGCGCGGACCGCAAGGCCCUCCUCAACCGCAUCGCCCAGGGCGACUACCGCUGGCCCGAAGAGCCGCUGGCCGCGGCGGACCCCGCGCGCUUGCGCGGGACGGAGCUCGCACAGAGCGACGGCAUCCGUCGGGCGGUGGGCCGCUUGCUCGUGCGCGACCCGCGCCGGCGCGCGCGUGUCGCCGACCUGUGGACGGACGCAUGGAUGCACGGGGAGGGGCGCCGCCUCCGCCCGUGUUGGAGGCCGCGGAAGCUCGGCGUCGAUCCGGAGGACGCGGAUGUGGACAUGGACGACGGCGAGGGUGUCCUCGUUGACGGGGAGGACAUCGGGCCGGGGUCUGUUGCGCGGCAGGAGCACUAG